CACGCGUCCACGUACUCAUCUCCCACCCACCAUCCUUUUCCCAUCUUCUCUCUUUCUCCACACAUCACCCAUCUCUAACUUAGCUUAUCCCAUGGAGAUUUUAAAUCUCUACUAAUUUCGGUGGACUUGAACGACGGAAUUGAAGAAAAAAUUAGUUACCAUCUCGAUCUGACCAAGUAUUUUAGUAAAAGCAAGUUGUAGAGCUAAAGACGACGAAUGAGAAAGCUAAAGUGGAGAUUGGCGGCGAUGGAAGACCAUGUGGAUCCAGCCAGAUCCGAGGGCAGCAGUGGCGCAACAGAACACAACAUAGACAUAUGAAAACCACCUGAGAGAGGUGGAGGGAUGUCGGCGACGGUAGAGGCGGGCGGCACCGUGACAGUGGAAGCAGGCGGCGUCGCGACGGUGGAGGCAUGCGGCGUCGCGACGGUGGAGGCGGCGGCGUCGGGGACGGUGGAGGCGGGCGGCGUCGGGGACGGUGGAGGCGGGCGGCGUCGGGGACAGUGGAGACGGGCGGCAUCGGGGACGGUGGAGGCGGGCGCCGUCGGGGACGGUGGAGGCGGGCGGCGUCGGGGACGGUGGAGGCGGGCGGCGUCGGGGACGGUGGAGGCGGGCGGCGUCGGGGACGGUGGAGGCGGGCGGCGUCGGGGACGGUGGAGGUGCGCGGCAUCGGGGACGGUGGAGGUGGGCAGCAUCGGUGUCAGAGUGUAGACGGUGGCAUGUUGGCACCAGAUCUCUGCUACAAUAUUUUUUUUUUACUGUAUUUGAUAUUAAUUUGAUACGGAGUAUUAAUUGUUACUCUAAUAAAAAGCAGGCAAGGGCAUUUUGUGAACUUAGGUCUGUUUUACUCCUACGAUUGGGUACGAAUUAUUAUGGUCUUAUUUAUGAACUUUUGUCCAAUUUUAGUCCUACACGGGUAAUUCUCUCUAUUAUAAUUCGAUUAAGAAGAAUUAAAAUGAUGUAACUUACAAUGUUUAUCGAUCUU